CCACUUGGAUUCCAGGUGAGAGGGGAGGGGAGAGAACGUCUCCACCCCUCAAUGACAAGCAAAAAGAGAGAGAGAGAGAGAAAAAAAGUCAGCCGGGGGGGUUAAUGUUUUAAUAGCGAGGAAGGAAAGGCAGCGGUGGAGGCAGCUUUGCUGAUCUUGAUCAUUGUCUCGGUUUCUUUCAUCCUGUAACUUACCUGAAACCAACUCAAGAAUAGGAUAGCCUUCCCAUCUCCAUAAGAAGAGAACGUCAGUGAAGUGGAUACCAUUCUGAAUUUGGACUGUACAACAUUUAUUUCAUUUCUUACGCAUAAGGCAAUGUAUUCUGUCCCCCUUUUCUUCAUUAUUUUGUCAUGAUACCAGAAAUAAGACAGGACCCUUGCAAGCUCAGGCCUCUCGCCCGUUUUCCUUGAUCCUGUGAAAGUUCGGUCCCUGUCGAUCUCUACGCCUCCCUCCUCACCUCUGACAACAGGAUGCAAUUUGGAGCAGAAACCUUCCUUUGGCUGACAAUCUGUUUAUGGACAAACCUUCCCUCCUGCGAUUCUCAACAGUGUCCGAGAGAGACAGAACACUUCGACUUCAACGUACGCUACAACAUGACCAGCUUCGAUGCAGGGCGUCCUAUCCAGAAUAUCGUGGUGUACGAUUUGGAUCCGAAGAGUAUCUACCUAGCUGUGAGAAACUGGCUGUAUGCAUUAAAUGUAACCCUUGAAAAGGCGUCUGAGCUGCGGAUGGGUCCAGUUGGCAGUCCAGAAUGUAAAGUUUGUAAUAUUUGCACCACUAAUUGGGAACCAGCAGGGGGGUUGGAAGACAAUAACAAUGAGGUCCUUGUGUUCGAUACAUUUGAUCCAUUCUUGUAUAACUGCGGAAGUUCUCAACACGGCAUCUGCUACCUUCACAACAUGGAGCGUGGAGAUUUCAGUGAAGUAAAUUGUCUAUUCAAAGAGGGAAACAACAGGCCUGACCAUUGUCCUGACUGUGUGGCGAGCCCAUUGGGAACCCAGGUGCAUGUCCGCACAGAGUCAUUUGUCACUUAUUUUUUCAUUGGUGCCACACUCAAUAGUUCAGUGGCAAAAGCGUACAGUCCGAAAUCAAUAUCAAUGAAGCGUUUGCUGGAAUCCUUGGAUGGGUUUGAACUUCCUUCUCAAAACAAGUCUUCAUUGACUGUCCUGAAUGAAUUCCUUGACACCUAUCCUAUAGAUUAUGUUUACUCUUUCAGCACUGAAGAUUACAUCUAUUUUCUAACCGUCCAGAAGGACAGCACGAGUUUGAAAAGCUCAUACCAGACAAGAGUUGCCCGCCUGAAGCAUGGCGAGUAUGAGGUGGGGAAUUACCGCGAGCUGGUUCUGGAAUGCCAGUAUGAGCCCAGACGGAGACGAAGAACAGCCGCUGGGGAGGAGACCUGGUACAAUAUAUUGCAAGCCGCUUACCUGGCCAAACCGGGUGCACAUCUUGCCAAGGAGCUGGGUGUUUCUCAAAGUGAUGACGUGCUGUUUGGGGUUUUCGCAAAGAGUGAUCCCCAGAGCAAAGACGUGAGGAGCAGGUCAGCCCUGUGCACCUACCCAGUCAAAAUGAUUGAUAAGUUCAUCAAAGAAGGGAUGGAUGACUGUUGUAUGGGAUCAGAGGAACCUCCGAAGAGGGGGCUGGAAUUCUACCAGCAGGUGGAGUACUGCCCUUCGGAAUGGCAGAGAAAGUGUUGGGACAAACCAACCAAGACCUCGCAAGCUCUCAACCGAAUUGAUCGAUUUGAUGGAGAGCUGGAUGACACCAAACUGACUUCCAUCGUUGUAUCAGUGAUAGGCAACUACACAGUGGGUCACCUUGGAACAGCUGAUGGAAGAAUCUUACAGGUGAUCAUUCAACGAUCAUUUAAACCACAUGCGAAUUUCAGCUUGAGUGAGACAGAUCCAGUUUCUCGAAAAGUUGCCCGCUUGGAUGACUCCGUGCUGUUUGUUACUGGCUCGAAGGUGACUAAAGUACCAGUUGACGGACCAGGCUGUCAACACUUCCUGACCUGUAAAUCAUGUCAGAUUGCACCUUCCUUCAUGAAAUGUGGUUGGUGUGAGGGGUCCUGUACCCGGCAACAGGAAUGUCAGAAGAAGUGGUUGCCAGAUACGUGUACACCUGUUAUUGUUGAGUUUCAACCCAAAAGUGCUCCUGUCGAUGGCGAGACCAUGCUAACACUAUGCGGCCGGGAUUUCCAAUCUCCACAUGGGCCGCCAAUAACACCAGCCUCCCAUGUGGUUCAAGUGGGAAACCGGCCUUGCAAAGUCAUCCCUAAAAGCAGCAAUGCCAGGACGUUGACAUGUAAACUGGAAAUCACUGGAAAGCCUCAGCCCGUCAAUUCGACCGCCAUCAAGAUCACCAUUCGAGAGGCAAGUCAUAACGGGGAGUUCGUCAUCAGUGGAUCCACCUCCCUCUCUGGAUUUGAAUUUGUGGAACCUAUUAUAACUCGGGUGACUCCAACAUAUGGCCCUCAAGACGGUGGGACCUUGGUCACAUUCCUGGGGAAACAUCUGACAGUUGGCAAUGGACAGAAAGUGACAAUUGGUGGGAAAGACUGUCUCAUAAAGAGCAAGAAUAGCACUUGUAUCGAAUGCAUAACUCCAAAAAUGGAUUUGUUGAAGGAAGAGCCUCCUGUUGUGGUGAUAGACUCUGCGAAGGUAACAGCUAAGGGAAACUUCAAGUUCCAGUACCGAAAGAACCCUGUUAUUAACAGCAUCUCCCCAAGCUGCAGCACCCAGAGUGGCCUCAACAUCACCAUCAGUGGUACCAAUCUGAACUCUGUUUAUCAACCGAAACUAGUAUUUACCGACGACAAAAAUGAUACAUUUGUAAAGUUAUGUAACCCGCCACCAGUGUCUUCUGAGACUAUGACGUGUGAAACCCCUUCAAUUGAGGAUGAGGAAGUGGAAGGAAAGCUCACAGUGAUUAUGGAUGGUGUGCAGAACCUGAAGACAUUUGAGGUCGAGUACAAGGAAGACUAUGAGGUCUUUCCAUUUGAUGAUGAGCAUUAUAUAUACAAGCUAACCAAGGACCAAGAUGAAAUUGAGUUCAAACAUGCAAAGUUGUUCGAUCUGAAGAACUGUCUGAAUGUGACCCUUUUGGUAGGAGACAUGACUUGUGAACCAAAGAUCCUAGUGCAAGAGAUCACCUGCACUGUUGAAACUGAAAGGAUCCCAAGUGAAGGGCUUCCAGUCAAGCUCUGGGUGAAUAAUGUGGAGAAGGACAUUGGGUACGUCAUCUACGUCGAAGAAAGUCUUGGAACCAUUUUGGGAAUUAUCAUUGGCAUUAUUGUGAUUUUGUUGGUGGCAUUGAUUUUUGUGGCCAUCCUGUUGAUAUACAGGAAGAAAAAUAGAGAUCAUGCAGACUUACUGAACCGUUUGGAGGCAUCGGUGAAUAUGAUAUCUCUCAAUGCAGUCCCACCUGCUCCCAGCGACUACAGGGAUUCUCGUCUCAGUCCCAACACAACGUCUGGGUCCAGUGGAAUCACAUUUCGAGGCUAUAAAGGCAGCGCUGACUGUGCAGCGAUCCCCUUGUUAAGUCCUAAAGAAAUCCAACCACAAAACCUGAGGCCGGAGCUACUGGAAGAAGUAAAAGAUAUUCUGAUCCCUCAAGAAUGUUUAACUGCUUACAUGGACCAGGUGAUUGGAAAAGGACAUUUUGGUAGUGUUUACCAUGGGCUGUACAAAGACCAGAAUAAGAAAGAAAUCCACUGUGCUGUGAAGUCUCUGAAUAGAAUUUCAGAUGUUGAAGAGGUGGAACAGUUUUUGAAAGAAGGGAUUAUCAUGAAGGAUUUUCACCAUGAAAAUGUUCUAUCUUUGCUCGGAAUUUUCCUUCCUAAGGAAGGGUUACCGUUGGUAGUAUUACCGUAUAUGAAGCAUGGAGACCUUCGGCAUUUUAUUCGUCAGGAAAGCCGGAAUCCAACAGUGAAAGACUUAAUAGGCUUUGGGCUACAGGUUGCCAAAGGAAUGGAAUACCUCGCACUAAUGAAAUUUGUUCAUAGGGAUCUUGCAGCAAGAAACUGCAUGCUGGAUGAGACCUAUGUGGUGAAGGUGGCAGACUUUGGAAUGGCACGGGAUGUGUUGGACAAAGAGUAUUAUAGCAUUCAGGACCAUCGGAAGGCCAAGCUCCCUGUGAAAUGGAUGGCACUUGAAAGUCUGCAGACUCAAAAGUUCACAACUAAAUCAGAUGUGUGGUCAUUUGGAGUGUUGAUGUGGGAGCUAUUGACUCGAGGGGCACCACCCUAUCCGGAAAUCGACCCUUAUGACAUUACAAGAUUUUUGUUAAAGGGACGAAGAUUGCCUCAACCCGAAUAUUGUCCGGAUGAGCUGUAUAGCAUUAUGCUGCACUGCUGGGAUCCAAAACCUGAAAUGCGACCACAAUUUACUGAAAUUGUCUAUGAAAUUCAAGCGAUUCAAUCCAUGUUACAAGGAGAGCACUACAUCAACUUGCAAGUAAAUUAUGUGAAUUUAGGGAAUGACCAGCCCUACCCUGCAGUCGACACUACUGAUGAUGAGCAAGACCUGGAUUCAGACUGAAUGCGUUUUGCUGCACGUGAUAAUACUUCUGUUCAUAUGUUGACUUGAAUUUCAGGAGAAUGCUAUCUCUAAGCACAACGGAAGCCAUUCCUGCAGUCCAGCUACUAUUUCUCCCCUGUGUUUUCCCUCCGGUAACCUGUCUCUGCUAAUUCCUGUGGUCAGUGCAAACAGUUUAUGGGUGCCCAAGUGGUCAGUUGCAACUUUGCAACCAACAGUUCUGUGCAAAUCCAGGCAAUGACGAUUUUCUUAAAGGCCGAGUAAAGGUUUUUAUCGACUACAACUUCUAUUGAUGUGGCAUCAAGAUGUUCAAAGGCAGUUCACAGGAGCACGGUCAAUAAAAUUUGACACCGGGCCACGUAAGGAGACGUGAAGGGAGAUAGCGAAAAGCUUGUUCAGAGUAGGUUAUAGGGAGUAUCUUAAAGAGGAAUGAGGUGUAACAAGGCAAAGCAUGUUGGGGAGGGAAUUCUAGAGCUGGGAGUGAAGUGCUUAAAAUUGAGAAUGCUCCUGUGACCAGAGCAUGAAAAGUGCACACAUCUCGGAUACUGGCAGAACUUUCAGGGAUAGAAAGGAAGGGAAUCCAUAGAGGGGUCUGAAAGCACAAAGGCACUUUUAAAAACAAGUCAGUGCUUAACUGGAUGCCUAUGUAAGUCAUCAGUGCACCACAUUAUCCUCAGGAACGUAAGAGUUGGUGAGAUGACACAGUGCAGAAGAGGCCCUUUGGCCCAGUGAGACGGUUCUUACUGAUGGCAACAUGUCGUGAGAAGCCAUUGCAGUCUCCUCUCCCCUGGAUUCACAACCAGCGAAGGGGCUUUGCUGAAAGGAGGAAUUAUGAAAUGAUGCUCUCAGGGUAAGGUGGAUGUUUUUCAAUUAAUAAUAAUAGAAAGGAAUAAGCCUUAUUGGUGCCAGUUGCAUGCAUCCAAACUGCAAUGCAAGGGAAAACAAAUACAGAGUUCUGUUCAAAGAUAUGGCUUCCAUUCAUUUCUUGUUGAAAUUUAGUUGAUUGUUCUGUGCAAGCAGUGAGGAAUGAAACAUUCCAUCAAUCAUCUUGCCUUGACAAAACGUUUUGUAGAUAAGUUAAAAAGUUCUGAGGUUAAAAGUACGAUCAUGCCAGUAACAAGCUGUUAUUCUUUCUACCACCAUACUGUGUUAGCUAUUCAUGAAAUUGGAAAUCAUAGAAUACCUACAAUGUGGAAGCAGGCCAUUCAACCCAUCGAGUCCACACUACCCAGACCCACCCCAUCUCUGUAACCCUGCCUUCCCCAUGGCUAAUCCACCUAGCCUGCACAUUAUGGGCAAUUUAGCACAGCCAAUUCACCUAACCUGCACAUCUCUGGAUUGUGAGAGGACACCAGAGCACACCCACAUAGACACGGGGAGAAUGUGCAAACUUCACACAGAUAGUCGCCCCAAGGGCGGAAUCAAACCCAGGUCCCCGGUACUAUGAGGUAGCAGUGCUAACCACUGAGCCACUGUGCCACCACUGUGGCUGCAUUAGGGAGAGGCCAUUCACCAGGAACAUUUAAGAAAGCAGAAUCUAACAUUUGCAUUCACUUUGCUUUCCUAAUUUGCUGGACCUUUGCACUACAGUGAUUAAGGGGUGACUGAUGUAUUAUUGACCCUCCGCUUCUAGUCUUCCUGCCACUGUAUGCACACACACAGGACCUUGUGGCCCCUUGAGCCAGCUCUGCCCUUCAAUAAGGUCAUAGCUGAACUGUUUAUGUUCCAAACUCCACAAACUCCUGAAAAUCCUGCCAAACAGGUAUCUGUCUUAACCAUGUUAAAUGAUCCCUCUCGCCCCUGAAGCCGAGAGUUCUAAAGCCUCAUGAGCCACUGGGAGGGAAACAAAGAUCUCCUCACUCCUCGUCUGAAAGGGCAAUCUUUAAUGUGAAAAUGGUGCCAUUAAGCUAGAGCCCAGCCCAGGUGAGGAGACAUCUUCUUUGUCGAAUGUGCACUCUUCAGUCAGGUUAUCCCCCCACCCCCCAAAACAAACACAGGUAGACUCCAAUGGAAGCAAGUCAACCUAUCCCCAAGACAAGCUGCUCAUCCUGUCUAACUUUCAUUUCCAUUCCCUGCAUAAUAUGGAUAUCAAACAGUGGAAAGCUCUGGGAUUUUAUCUCAUGUGAGCAGACAAGGAAUUAUUGACAGGGUAAAACAUUUGCAGUGUGUCCAAACCCAGUGAACCUGAGCUUGCAUGAAUAUUGCCACUUGAAGAAUGAAAUGAACAAGUCCGUGUGUCUAUCAUUUCCCCACAAUCUGCAUGUUCAAUCCCUGCUAUGAGACCAGUGUUUGGCUGGUUAACUUGCUGCUCAAUUCCUUGUCAGUUUGAGUAAUGAAUAUUCUCGAGCUUCAGGCUGGGAAAUAGCCAUUUAGCCCAACAGAGUUAAUCCCUACAGGAGUCUAAUAUAGCAUCUAACUACAUUUGCAACACCCCAAUGCUUAAUUGUAUGGCUUGCUACACCCUGUCUGAUUGUUGAUCACUGUUUCAAUGAAUGCUCCUGGAAUGUCUGCUUUGAAUUUGCUUCUCACUUCAUUCAUCUUGGCAUCUUCUGACAUUCCUGAUGAAGGGCUUAUGCUCAAAAUGUCAAUUCCCCUGCUCUUUGAAUGCUGCCUGACUGGCUGUGCUUUUCCAGUACCGCACUCUUCGACAUCUUCUCUCAUAGACUAGAAUCCCUACAGUGUGAAAACAGGCCAUUCGGCCCAUCGAGUCUACACCGACCCUCCAAAAACCAUCCCACCUAGACCCUCCCCCAACCUCACAUCCCUUUAACCCUGCAUCUCCCAUGGCUAAUCUACUUGGCCUGUACAUCCCUAGACACUAGGGGCAAUUUAACACAGCCAGUCUACUUAAUCUGCAUAUUAUUGGACUGUGGGAGGAAUCUGGAGCACCAAGAGGAAACUCACACAGACAUGGGGAGAACGUGCAAGCUCCACACAGACAGUUGCCCAAGACUGGACUCAAACCUGGGUCCCUGGCACUGUGAGGCAGCAGUGCUAACCACUGAGCCACUGGGCUGUCCCCUACUGCACCUGCUGCUUACUUUGAUGUACAGUUUUUUUCCUGUGCCAUAUACUUAAUGCAUCAUAUUAAGGAUCACCAUUGACUGCUUUCUAUCUAGAUGGUACAAUGCCUGAUUAAUUCAUUAAUAUUGACACGAAAUCAAUUUAAAAGCUCAUCUCUGCACAUUCUCCAAUGCAGUUUGUGCUGGGUAUAUACAUUGGAACUAAGUUCACACUUAAAACACUUAAAACAAUAGCCACAGUUUAAUUCACUUGCACCAAAUGUUAACUCCUUUGCCAGCAGAUGCUUAACUGAACAAAUCUGAGCAGUUUAUCUGCAGUUAUGACCCCAGUAAAUCAACCUAAAAAAGAUGUGUGAAACAUUAGAUUUUGGAUCAUAGCUUUUGAAAAAUUGCUGCUGUCUCCAGAUUUAGCUGGACAACGGGUUGAUUGGACUGUGUUCGGCAUUAGAAAUGUGAAUAAUUGCAGAAGUGCUUUGUAUUUAAAUGUUCUGCCUUAUUGUGUGGAAUUGGAGUGAAUGAGAAGUAGUUUGAACUAUUCAGAUUCUAAGAAUGGAUGAGAAUUAUAUUUAGAAUCAAGUCCACCUUUACCUGGAGUUGAUGGGAUUAAAAAACAAAUUGUACAUCUGGUGAAAUUUUCUAAUAGUGAAACGUGUACAGGCUGCUACCAAGCAGCAUUUAUUUUUGUAAAUUUUUGUAUUUUUUAAAUUAUAAUAAUGAUGGCCUUGAAAUUCG